AUGGAUGCCUUCUACGGCUUCACGUCGUCGAUGUUUUUGAGUGCAUCCCUGUUCCCCAUGUUCAAUUACAUUGACGAGUGUAGUUCCGGUACAGCGAGAUGCAAUCACACAUGUGCCAACACACAGGGGUCAUUUACAUGCUCCUGUAGAAGCGGCUAUAGAUUAGCUAGAGACGGCACUACGUGUUCAGAUGUAAAUGAGUGUAGUUCCGGCAUAGCAAGUUGUACUCACACAUGUGCCAACACACAAGGCUCGUUCACAUGUUCCUGUAGUAGCGGUUAUACAUUAUUGAGCAACGGCAGAACGUGUUCCGAUGUAAAUGAGUGUAGUUCUGGCACAGCGAGAUGUAGUCACAUAUGCACCAACACAGCAGGCUCAUUCACAUGUUCCUGUAGAAGCGGCUAUAUUCUAUCUAGCGACAGAAGAUCAUGUUCUGAUGUGAAUGAGUGUAGUUCGGACACAGCAGGAUGUAAUCACAUAUGCACCAACACAGCAGGCUCAUUCACAUGUUCAUGUAGAAGCGGCUAUUCUUUAUCGGGCGACAGCAGAUUAUGUUCUGAUGUAAAUGAGUGUAGUGCCGGCACAGCAAGAUGUAAUCAGAAAUGUACCAACACACCAGGUUCAUUCACACGUUCCUGUAGAAGUGGCUAUAGUUUAUCGAGCGACAGCAGAACAUGUUCUGAUCUAAAUGAGUGUAUUUCCGGCACAGCCCGAUGUAGUCACAUAUGCACCAACACAGCAGGCUCAUUCACAUGUUCCUGUAGAAAUGGCUAUACUUUAUCUAGCAAUGGCAGAUCAUGUUCCGAUGUAAAUGAGUGUAGUUCCGACACAGCAGGAUGUAGUCACACAUGUACUAACACACAAGGCUCAUUCACAUGCUCAUGUAGAAGCGGCUUUAGUUUAUCGAGCGACGGCCGGGCAUGUUCUGACAUUGACGAGUGUAGUUCCGGCACAGCGAGAUGCAAUCAUACAUGUGCCAACACACAGGGAUCAUUUACAUGCUCGUGCAGAAGCGGCUAUUGUUUAGCGAGUGACGGCAUAACAUGUUCAGAUGUAAAUGAGUGUAGUUCAGGCACAGUGAUAUGUAGUCACACAUGUACCAACACACCAGGCUCAUUCACAUGUUCCUGUAGUAGCGGCUAUACUUUAUCGAGCGACGGCAAAACAUGUUCUGAUAUAAACGAGUGUAGUUCUGGCAGAGUGGCAUGUCAUCACACAUGUACUAACACAAACGGCUCAUUCACAUGUUCGUGUAGAGGCGGCUAUACAUUAUCGAGUGACGGACGGUCUUGUUCUGACAUUGACGAGUGUGGUUUCGGCACAGCUAGAUGUAAUCACACAUGUGCAAACACACAAGGGUCAUUCACAUGUUCCUGCCGAAUCGGGUAUAGUUUAUCGAGCGACGGAAGAACAUGUUCAGAUGUAAAUGAGUGUAGUUCCGGCAUAGCAAGAUGUACCCACACAUGUGCCAACACACAAGGCUCGUUCACAUGUUCCUGUAGUAGCGGUUAUACAUUAUUUAGCAACGGCAGAACGUGUUCCGAUGUAAAUGAGUGUAGUUCUGGCACAGCGAGAUGUAGUCACAUAUGCACCAACACAGCAGGCUCAUUCACAUGUUCCUGUAGAAGCGGCUAUAUUCUAUCUAGCGACAGAAGAUCAUGUUCUGAUGUAAAUGAGUGUAGUUCGGACACAGCAGGAUGUAGUCACAUAUGCACUAACACAGCAGGCUCAUUCACAUGUUCAUGUAGAAGCGGCUAUACUUUAUCGGGCGACGGCAGAUCAUGUUCUGACGUAAAUGAGUGUAGUGCCGGCACAGCAAGAUGUAAUCACACAUGUACCAACACACCAGGCUCAUUCACAUGUUCCUGUAGAAGUGGCUAUAGUUUAUCGAGCGACGGCAGAACAUGUUCUGAUGUAAAUGAGUGUAUUUCUGGCACAGCCCGAUGUAGUCACAUUUGCACAAAUACAGCAGGCUCAUUCACAUGUUCCUGUAGAAAUGGCUAUACUUUAUCUAGCAACGGCAGAUCUUGUUCUGAUGUAAAUGAGUGUAGUUCCGACACAGCAGGAUGUAGUCACACAUGUACUAACACACAAGGCUCAUUCACAUGCUUAUGUAGAAGCGGCUUUAGUUUAUCGAGCGAUGGUCGGACAUGUUUUGACAUUGACGAGUGUAGUUCCGGUACAGCGAGAUGCAAUCACACAUGUGCCAACACACAGGGGUCAUUUACAUGCUCCUGUAGAAGCGGCUAUAGAUUAGCUAGAGACGGCACUACGUGUUCAGAUGUAAAUGAGUGUAGUUCCGGCACAGCGAGAUGUAGUCACAUGUGUACCAACUCACCAGGCUCAUUCACAUGUUCAUGUAGAAGCGGCUAUACACUGUCGAGCGACGGCAGAUCUUGUUCUGAUACAGAUGAAUGUAGUUCCGGCACAGCGAGAUGUAGUCACACAUGUGCUAGCACACAAGGUUCUUUCAUAUGUUCCUGUAGAAGCGGCCAUUCUUUAUCCACCGACGGCAGAACAUGUUCUGAUGUAAAUGAAUGUAGUUCCGGCACAGCGAGAUGUGGUCACACAUGUGCCAACACACAAGGCUCAUUCACAUGUUCCUGUAGAAGUGGCUAUAUUUUAUCGAGCGACGGUCGGACAUGUUCUGAUAUUGACGAGUGUAGUUCCGGCACUGCGAGAUGUGAUCACACAUGUUCAAACACACAAGGCUCAUUCAUAUGUUCCUGUAAAAACGGAUAUAGUUUAUCGACUGACGGCAGAACAUGCUCAGAUAUUGACGAGUGUAGUUCAGGCACAGCAAGAUGUAGUCAGACAUGUAACAACACACAAGGUUCAUUCAUUUGUUCUUGUAGAAGCGGCUAUAGUUUAUCUAGUGAUGACCGAACAUGUUCAGAUGAUGAUGAAUGCAAUAACAAAACUCACUUCUGUGAUCAAUUAUGUACGAACGAAGAAGGGGCGUAUAGCUGCUCCUGUAGAUCAGGAUAUUUGUUGGACGCAAAUAAUCGCACUUGUUCAGAAUUUGGGCCGAUCUCAUGCUCUGCCUCAACCGAAAACGGAAUAUUCUGGCCAGAUGCACAUGAUGGACAGAUAUCUCGACACAAAUCAUGUCGUGACGGAUACCAAGGGGAUAUAUAUCGACAUUGUCAAAAUGGUAUUUAUCUCAACUCCGUUGACAAUUGUACAAGAUGGGUCAUACAGGAAACUUACAUUCAGGUGCUAAAUGGCUCUCUGAAUUUCACGGAAGCGCUAACGAAAUUAAAGCCAGAAACGAACACCUUUACAGAAGCAGACGUUAAUUUACUAACAGCAGGCGAACUUCAAACUGUUAAUAAGAUUCUCGAUAAAGCCAUUGACGACAUCGAAUUGAAUACUGAUACAACCGAGAACGACACUGACAAUGGAGUUGGUGCCGACUCCGUAAUAACAACCAUUGACCGGUUUAUUUCGAAAGUUGUGAACUCGUCUGACCUGGGUUUGAACAUGAAGUUCGACAAGCCAAACUUGUUAAUAGAAAUUGGGCAAGUAGAGGAAUGUGACAAAAUUACUUUUCCGUCAACGACUGAGAAAAUAAAAGGAACUACGGGAGCUCACAUUGUCGUUGGCUGUGGACCAGGUGAACAAGUAUUCAGCGGUAGUGUAUACAAGAAUGUGUCGGGAAUGUUGCCUACCGCUUUAAACGAUAUCGACUCAUUAGACGGUUCAAUCAACGGUCCGGUCAUGUCCUUUAGUUUCAAAAGAAAAGAAACCAGAACAGAGGACGUCCAGAUAACGUUCCACAUCUUUGAUAAAAAACUAUCUGAUCCUUCCUGUUCCUACUGGAAUCUAAAUUUAAGUAGCCAGAAAGGCCUCUGGUCAACUGAUGGAUGCAAUUUGGAACACUUUGACAGAGAACGAGGAGUCGUGAAGUGCCAUUGUAACCAUCUGACAAAUUUUGCGAUCCUCAUGAGCCCCGCUAGUAUUACUGAAACGGAAAGUGUUCACCACCGUCGCCUUGGGGUCAUGUCAAUUGUGGGAUGCAGUAUAUCUAUACUUGGCUUGAUUCUUACCAUUGCCUCGUACGCCUACUUCUGGAGGGCAGUACGUUCGAAUAGGUCAAUUAUACUCCUCAACCUUUGCACGGUUCUUCUUCUGGCAUACGCCCUGUUCCUUGCAGGGGUGGACAAAACUUCACAACAUGUCUUGUGCACAUCCAUUUCUGUUUUACUCCAUUACAUAUUUUUGACUGCCUUUUUCUUGAUGCUAUCAGAAGGAUGCAUUAUUGCACAGUUGGUACUCAGAUCCUUGGAUACAAGGAACCGUUUGCACACGUGGCUUGGAAUUUCUUACGGAGUGCCGUUGGUAAUUGUGAUUAUUUCGGCUGCAGUAUUUAGGCUAGAAGGAUAUGGAAAUGAUCAAUUCUGCUGGCUGAGCAUUGAUACAGGACUUAUCUGGACCUUUGCUGGAACGACAUUGGCAAUAAUAGGUGUUAACUCAAUUAUCACGGUUGCUGUCAUCAAAAGUUUGUUUGGAACUUCCAUCAUGUCGAAGAAAGAAAUUGCUGACAAAAUGAAGAAAGUGCACCAUCGUUUUGGUGGGGUUAAAAUGGAAAGCUCAACUGCAGUGCAAUAA